AACGACUAUUUUUGUGUCAAGAGACGGCGAAAUACAUGACUUGGCAUGCUGAUGGGCGUGAAAAUGAUGGUCAAGCUUGGAAGGAAUUUGAUUCUUUAUACCCAAAGUUUUCUGAUGACCCACGCAAUGUGAGACUUGGGUUAGCCACAGAUGGAUUUAGCCCAUUCAAUUCAAUGAGCAUUGUCCAUAGUACAUGGCCAGUUAUGUUGAUUAAUUAUAACUUGCCUCCUUGGAUGAUUAUGAAGCCUGAGUUUUUGAUGCUAGCCUUAAUAAUUCAGGCCCGUCUUCCCCUGGCAAUGACAUUGACAUAUAUUUGCAGCCACUUAUGAAGGACUUGAAGGAUUUGUGGGAGUUUGGGCUGGAAACUUAUGAUGCUUCGACUAAUCAAAGGUUUGACAUGCAUGUAGCAUUGAUGACUACCGUGAGUGAUUUUCCGGGUUAUGAAAUGUUAUCUGGGUGGAGCACAAAAGGAUACUUGGCAUGCCCUGAAUGUCAUUAUGAAACAGAUUUCGAGUGGUUGCCUUGUAGUGGUAAGACUGUGUAUAGGGCAAAUCGUAAAUUUUUAGAUCCAUCUCACCCUUGGCGUCAUGAUAAGAGAAAUUUUGACGGAAAACUUAAGGAAAGAUGUCAACCUAUUCCAUUGAAUGGAAUUGAUGUUGAGUAUAUGUUGCGUGAUUUUCCAAAUGCAUUUGGAAAGAAGCAAAAACAACCAAGGCGUGAUGUGGAUGAUCCGAAUCCGUGGAGAAAGAUACCCAUAUUUUUUGAGUUACCAUAUUGGAAGCAUUGCUCUAAUCGCCAUAAUCUCGAUGUAAUGCAUAUUGAGAAAAUUUUCUUUGAUAAUAUCAUUAGGACAUUAUUAGACAUUUCUCUGAAGACCAAGGAUAAUUUGAGUGCUCGUCGAGAUUUGGUAGAACUUAAUUUGAUGCCGGAGCUUCAACUAAUAGAAUUGGAAGAUGGUAGUGAAGAAUUUCCAAGAUCUCGCUUUUGGAUGUCAUUGGAGCAAAAGCGUAAGUUCUGCCAGGUUAUAAAAAAUUCUAAGCUUCCUCAAGGUUAUGCUUCCAACCUUAGUCGUUGUGUGCAAGUUGGAGAAAGGAAAAUAGCAGGCUACAAAAGUCAAGAUGCUCUUUUUAUGAUGAAUUAUCUUCUUCCAAUUGUUGUGAAGACAACAUUACCCAAAGAUGUUGCUAGUCCUUUGAUAAGACUUUCUCCUUUUUUCAAAGGUAUAUGUAGUAACUCUAAUGACCCUUACUCCGAAGUCAUUCCAGAACCUAAGCGCAAAAGCCGUGUACGCCUACAAGGAAAAGGUGUGAAAAAGUCAAAUUUGAAGAAAAAGGAAAACAAGUCAGAUUUCAUAUUCCUGGCGGAAUUCUUAGAAAAUAUGCAAGCUCAAUUAGUACAACAACUUGCACCAAGUGUAACAAAUGCAAUUUUGACUCAACUUCGGGAUGCUAACAUCUUCUUGUUGACCAAAAUGGGCAAUCUUCUAAAUCUGGAGCCACAAUCAAUCAGGUGCAUGGCAAGCAAAAUGGAGAUGAAGUAAAGUGACUAAACGACUAGUCAUCUAACACAAAUGGUGCAAAUAUGUUGGCGACUUCUAUUCUAUUAAGUUAAAGUUUGUGAAGAUUUAGAAAAUCCGGCUUACAUAUAUGUUGGAAUUUGUAUUUUGGACAAUUAAAUCAAUUAUAUAACUUUAGUUUAUUAGUAGGGUGUAAUACCGAAAACAAGCAAGUAAU